AUGGUGCGUGAAUUAUUGCGGACAAUGGCCAAAUAUAAUGAGAAGACGAUAACAUCGAUGGGAAUGUACUUGAGUAAAAAGGUCUUAAAUUUGUAAGGUUUUUUUUUUAACUCUUUCGAAAUUCAGAUCGGAAUACCAUCGACUUCUGAAUUGAACUGCAUUGAAUGGAAUCAAAAUAGACAUUUCAUUGCAACUGGUGGGACGAUGGGAACUUUGAAAAUCGUCAGAUUAGGUUUGAAUUUUCGUAACAGGGGAAUAAUAUUUUUCUUCAGAAAGUGGAGACACGGUGAAAGGUUCUAAUAGUCUUUCUGUGAACCAAGCUCUGGAUGGUCAUAGCGGUAAGAUUUUGAGAUUUAUACAAAGGAGCAAGUGCGCUCUCAAAAGUUCUUUUUUCAAACUGAUCAUAUUUUUGCAGGGCUCAAAAAAAGUUUACACAAUCAAAAAAAUUUGAGCAAAGUCAAAAAAAAGCCGCUAUAGUAUUUAGUCAACUUCAACAAUUAAUUAGUAUCACUUCUUACGUCGAAACGUUUAUCCCUUUCUUUUUUUCUCGACUUGAAGUUAUCGUUCUCUCUCCUACAGGCGCGAUACUUUGUAUAGCGUGGAAUGAAGUUCAACAAAAACUCACCACGAGUGACACAAACGGGUUGAUCAUUGUUUGGGGAGUUUCGAACGAUUUUUGGAAUGAAGAAAUGAUCAACAACAGGUGAGAUUAAUAUCCGCAAAAGUUAUAAAAAUAUUUGUUCAAGAAACAAAAGUGUAGUUGUCGGUAUGGGUUGGAACUGCGAUGGAACAAAAAUCGCCAUUGCAUACGCUGAUGGUUGAGUUUCUCGAUAUUCUGAUCAAGAAUCUUCUUUUUAAGGACAAGUGAUUGUUGGAACAUUAGAAGGAAAUCGGAUAUGGAACAAAGAUCUACCAACGACUUUAGCAAGAUGCGAGGUUUUUUUCGAUUUUUGUAGCUGAUAUCUUGAAAAUCUGGGUUUAAGUGGGCGCCGGAUGGUAACAAUUUGCUUUUUGGAACAACUGAUGGAGAAGUUCACGUCUACGACUCGGUUGGGAAUUUUUUGGUGAGAUUCGAAUAGAUUGCGGUUUUUAUUAUAAGAAUUUGCAGCAAAAGAUCAAUAUGGUCGCUUUGGAGACAGUCGAAAUGGAGACAGCUCUAGCUAGUGAGUAGCUCAUUUCCGAUUAUUAUCAUUUUUAGAUCCAAUUCAGUUGAUAAUACUGAACCAUUCAUACAGAGAUAUUAUAUCUCUAUUCUAGUAAUUUAAGUAAAAAUCUUCGUUUUGAAAAAUUGGGGGAAGAGGUAUAUUUAUCUUCUUAAGUUUUUGGUUGGGCAUUUUGAACUGGUGCAAAAUUUUAAAAUGUUUUCUGAUAUCGUGAAAAAUUUGAGACAAUAAAAAAACUGUGAAAGAUCAGUUAUUUUUCGAAUUUCGUUCUCCAAGUUGCAUGUUUAAAGGAGAUCUGCAUCGCGAACCAAUCGUCGACAUCAAAUGGUGGUAUCCGACCUUCAAAACGAAAGUUGAAAGAGAUGAAUCAAGCACACUACGUAAAUUUCGUGAGAAGAUAUCAUAUAUAAAAGAUCGUUUUCAGUGAAUGAAAAUAUCGAAUCUUCAGCUGCUCUCAAAUUAUCGAAAAGACAGGCAAUCGAUAGAUCUCAGGCGGAUUUGUACCUGGUAAGCAAAAAAUUGUGGAUCGCAUGGAAAAUCAUUUUUGAAAAGUUCAACUUUGGUGAUUUCAUACAGAAUAAACGGCCGACAAAAUUUUUGACUAUAAUCUACAGUUUUAAACUUCCAAUUAAAGAUAAGCCGGAUUCAAGAAAAAAUCAUUUUUCAGUGGACUCAGGCCUACACAGACCGUCCGCGACUUUUUGGUGGCCUACGCGCACGGAGUUAUGCAGCUGAUGAAAGUGGAGAAUGAUCAAUGUAAGUGCAAUUGUUAAAUUUCUAGUUCUUGAAAUUUUUCAUACAAAAAACAAGUGAAGCAACUAACCUAUUACUUUUUUUAAUGCUUUUUCCAAAUCGAGGUCCUCUACAAUAAAGAAUUCUACAAUCUCUAUCUGAUUUCAGCACCCAUCAUUGUUCGUUUCCCGAACUUCAAAAUAACAUGCGCUAGAUGGGCACCAAAUGGUUCCUUCAUAGCGGUGCCACCGUUUUUUGUUUGAAGAAACCUUUCAAUUACUCUAGGUGACCGGAUUCCAAACAGACAUGCCUCAGAACGAACAAGCUGUUGUGCAUAUCGUGUCGGCAUAUGGAAAGGUAUGGAAAGCUUUUUUUUUUUGAAAAAUUGACUUUGCUCAGCUUUUUUGAAUGUCAAAGAAUGAAUGUGGAAAAAUUAUUCUUGCAGAUGAUAUCCUUUCUUCGGGUGAAAGAAACGAAAUCCCUCACUGGAGUUGCCUGGGAUCCUAGUGGACUCCGUAUUGCUGUAACUACAGAUAGCAACGUUUACUUCGGCAAUAUCAGGCCGCAGUACAAGGUUACACUCCAUUCAUUGCCAAUUUAAUCAAAAAGUUAUCAUUAUCUUGGAACAUCUUCUUUUCAAACACUGCUCUGCAGACCAUAGGAAAAAAUUCAAAAAAUUAUUUUCGCAAUAAAGGAUUUUUUUAAAAAAAACCGGUUUCUAGUGGGGUUACUGUGGUCACACCGUGAUUUACGUCUACGAGAGGGAGGACCGCAACGAAUUCGCCGUUGUUUUUUAUGAAACCAAGGUUUUCUAAACAUUAGUAGAUCUGAGAAAUUUUCAUAUUCAGUUGGAAGAAGUUUUCACCAAGUCUGUCACGAAAUUUGAGCAAAUCGCUUGCCAUGAGUCUUAUUGUAUUCUGGUGAACCAACAGAACGACACUAAUGGAACUGUAAGUUUCAACAGAAUUUAUUAUUUUCGAACUUGAAUUUUGCAGUAUUUUGCCCAGUUGUGUAACGGCAUUGGAACUGCGCUGGACUUCAAGGUUUUAUUUUCCUAUGUUCUGAGAGGAUUUUUGUUUUUCAGUACACGGACGUAAUCCCUCGAUGCGUGACGUUGAACAACUCGGCUGCGGUCAUUGCCGGAGGAGAAUCCUACUUCAUCUGGCAUUUCGUUCUUCCUCAACGGAACUCGAUGAACUUGGCAUCGAAUAAUGGCAAAGAAGAUUUGUGAGCCUAUCUUUUGUAGUUCGUAAAACUAUUUAUUUUCAGAAUCUAUGCUCUUGAGAAUCCUCCAGUGGGAAGUGAUUUCGGAACGCGGAGAAAGGUAUGUGCUUAAGAAAAUAAACUUUCAAUGAUACCUAACUUUUGUUGCAGUUUCAGCGUGGAAAUGAUUCUAUCAGCGCUUUGUGCAUGGCUGACACCUUUUUCCUUGCGGUUUGUCUUCAAUUUCAUGGUUUUCAGUGAAAAAAUAAAUUCAUUUUUUGGUUUUUGAAAAUCAUUCAAUCAUGCGAUAAUUGCUAUUUUUAAAUUUUUAUCAAUUUUCUGAGAUAUAUGAUGACCUUUCAUUGGUCUUGAGUAGGACAGUUCAAAAAUAAAAUAUUUCAGGCCUGCGAAUCGGGAGCUUUAUUCAAGAUCUCCAUCGCCGACGGUUCUGUGCUCCAACGCUACUCCGUACCACAGAACAUUGAAGCGAUGCAAAUGAACUGUACUUUCCAACGAAUCGCCGCAUUGGGUUUAUAUUUCUCCUAAAACGUCUUAUUUUAAUUUUCUAGACAACAACAACAUGCUACAGUUCUUCGAAAUCGGAGAAAAUUCGUUGAACAAACUGCAGAAUCUGGACCGUCGAGACGUUUGGAGCUUUCGCUGGGACUCGGUGAGCAAAUUAGCUACUUUUUUUUUCAAAAACAAAAAAGAAUUCAGGAAAAAGAAGACAUGAUUGCUUUGAAUGAAAAGACGAAGAUGAUAGUUUUGAAGGGAACUGUCGCAGAAGAACCAGUUUCGAGCUCUGGGUAUUAUUUUGGGCAUCGAAAAGAAAAGAAAAACUUUUUUUCAGGUAUAUCUGUUCUUUCCGUGGGCUCACAGUGAGAACUGUUCUCGUGGACAAUUUCCUUCUGAAUCCUGAGCAUCCUGAAAAGAAAAACGUUCACGAUAUUGAAAUAAAGGUUAGCACAGUAGUUCAUCCACAAUGAUUGGAAACCGUCUAAUCUGUCUGCGCUCUCUUAUCUUUCUUUCGAAUGACUUAAAUUGAGAAAGACCUUUUUUUAAAUAGAAAAAAACCAUAAAAUCCAGUGUUUUUUUAUUUAAUUUCCCUGAUUUCUAUGAUGAUGCUGACUUUAAUCGACAAAUUGCCCUUUUCAAUCUACAUUCAUUCCAAGCAUUUUUAUCAUUACUUAAUUUCCAAUAUUCCAGUCAUUGCGAGAUGCAAAAUACCUUCUUGAGCGGAUGAAAAUCGACGAGGCGACGGCGUUCAUUGAAAAGAAUGCUCAUCCCAAACUUUGGUUUCUUUCUCAUUAAGAUUCUUCAUUUAAUAUAUUUUUGUAGGAAGCUUCUGGCAGCAGUGGCUUUGAACAAAUUGGACAUCAGCACUGCUGAACAUGCCUACGUAAAUUUGUUUUCCUGAAAAAUUCAACACAAUCCAUUUCAGGUGAAGCUUGGCGAUUAUUGCGGAAUCAAUUUUUGCAAGAGAAUCAGUAAUAUUCAAAAUGCCGAGUUGAAAAAAGCGGAGAUCUUCGCGCACUUAGGAAAAUUUGAUGCUGCCGAGAAAACUUACUUGGGCAAUGAUAGACGGUAUGAUUCCAUUCUAUUAGCUUUUUAAAAAUAAAUCUGUUUUCGUGGUUCUCACAAAACGGAUAACAGGUAUAUGAAAGGAAACAAACUCUUGUUUAACAUUUCUCAAGGUAAUAAUUAAGGGAUCUGGCCUUGGCAAUGUACACAAAGAACUACGACUGGGUCAAAGUACUGCAGCUCCUACCAACUAAUGGAGAAGAUUCCUUGAGGCUGAGUGCCAUCAAACAUGUUGGCGACUACUUUUUCGAACGGCAUCAGUGGUUGGUCAUUCUCUAGAAAGUUCCUUGAAAAUAUAUUAAGGAGAGACGCUGCUGAGAAAUACGAGCAAUGUGGCGAUACCGAUCGGAGGAUUGAAACUUUGAUCCGCGGGAAUAUUUAUGGAGAGCUGGAAGAGCUAUCGCGGCACCUACCAGAUAAUCACGAAUACCUUGAGGUUGCAAUACAAAGAUUAGCGAUAAAACUCAAAAAACUUUUUUGAUAGACAGCAAAUGUAGCGACAUUGAUUUCUACUUGAGAUCACUGUUUCAAGAGAACUUUCCAGAGAAUCGGCGACGCUUUCACGGCACGAGGGAUGUGUGGCCAAGCGGUCGACUGCUUCUUGAAGUGCGGACUCGUCAAAAACGCUCUGCAAACUUGUAUCCAACUGAACCGCUGGGAUCAGGUAUAAAACUUCUUGAGAAGUCGAGUAAAUUUCUAAAUUCAGGCCGACGCUAUUGCUAAAACGCACAAUUUGGCAAAUGUGGAUCAGAUGCUCGCAAAAUACGCUGAAGAAGUGACUGGAAGCAAUGAAAGAUCUUUGUCGGCUGUUCAACUUUACAGGAGAGCUGGACGACUUCUUGACUCUGCCAAAAUUGUCUUCGAAGUUAUUCUCCAAAAAAUACCUUCAGUGAAUAGAAAAAGUUCAGAUAGCAGAGGAGGAGAAAAAAAGAUCCGCUCCUUAUAUGCGCCUGAAGAAAAUUCACGUGUUGGGAGCCCUAUUGAUCGAAGAACUUCACAACCAACAACGUUCCAAGAAAACCCACGAAAAUGAUGUGGGCUUCUUGAAAAGUAGUCAAAUCAAGUUAUUUUCCUAUUCAGACUUCGGCAACUUUGUCAGGACUGCUCGAGGAAGACAUGAAUGUCACUGUGGAAGAGUCUCGUCUUAUUGACAACGCUUGGAGAGGGGCUGAAGCCUAUCAUUUUUUGAUGAUGACUAACAGACAUCUUUAUCAAGGUGCAGAGAUUAUGAUAGCGCGAAAAGAGAAUAUGAUGAUGAAUUUAAAAUAAUCGAAAGAUAGAAAAAGAAAAAGUCAAAAGUUUUUCUGAUUAGUUAGAAUAUUUUCACUCUUAUCUAUUUAGGUAAAAAGUAACCACAUGAAAAAAACUUCCAGGAAGCAGCGAUGAUUAAUUAGUUCAUUAAAAAGCCCUUGAAAGACUGGAAACUGGAAAAAAUUAAAGGUAGCCUCUUAUAGUUUCAAAAUUCCUUGCUCUUUGUGAAUCGGUUUUAUUAAAACAAACCCAAGGUUUUCAAAAAUUACUUUGCUGUUUUUUUAUUAAAAAAAUGUUGCUUUUCUUCAAGUUCCAUGAAAAAAAUCGUUCAUUCGGAAAAAAAAUUGAAACUUAGUUACGAUUAUUUUUUUCCAAAAAUUUUACAACUUUCGAACGUCAAAGAAGCUUCACUUUAUCAAAAAAAUUUUCAGGAAACAACCAAGACGCAUUGCGAACAGCACUGGUCCUACUGGAUUACGAGGGCAUUCUGAACACUGCAGAAAUUUACUCGCUUGUUGGUAAGAGAAAAAAAGAUUACUAAAAAAAUAUUUUACUUACAGCUCUUUCCGCCUGUAUCGUUCGUCAAUUUUUGAUAUGCAGCAAGGCAAUGAUGAAAUUGGAGUCUUUGAAAGAUUUUUCAGACGACGAACGAGAAGCAUUGCGAAUGUUAUCGAUGAAGUUGUUCAGCGAGUUCGUGAAGUUUAAUUUUGAGCUCUGAAAGAUGUUUUUAGGUUCCCUCCUGUCGAGCAAAGAAAUUCGAAAAUGCAAUGCACGUCCUGCGAAGAGCAUGUUGGAGACUACGAUUUGUCCUGCCACAAGUGUGAAACCAAGGUAACGUUCAAAAUUAGAGACUACUUCAAGCCAGCUUGUCACAAAUUUUUUCCUUAAAGCUACAGUAGUCUUGUCUUUGAUGCGCCUUUAUAUCACUAAAACUUCCGUGCUGAGUUAUGCGCUUAUGCAAAGAUAGAGAUCACACGCAUCGAAAGCAAUGUUCUUUCAGUUCUAAAAAAAAAAGACAAACUGGCGCGAAAUGGACUAUACAGUUGAUUCGAUUAAUUAGUCAUCAAAACGGUAUGAUCGCAAGGGAUGACGUUGAAAAACUGCAAAGCCUUUUUUGAAGAAGCAAAAGAUUUGAACUCUUUUGCUCCAGAGAAACUUUGAGUCAUUAGAAAAAGCCCUUGCAUAUCGAAACUAUUCCAAUUACAGUUCCCGAAAUUAUGAUGCUUCAAUCCAAGUGCAACCAUAAAACUUCGAAACACGAAAAAAACGAAAAAAAGAAAACAAAAUGAAAAAAAAAACUAAUAUCUUCCUCUUCAGUUCCCAAUCUGCAUCGCAACUGGUCGUGCUCUACUGGACUAUCAGUUCUGGCUGUGUCUCACCUGCAAACAUCGAGCUUAUGAGCACGAAGUUGUCAAGUUCAAAGCGUGUCCUCUUUGCCAUUCAACCGCCUCCUUUUAG